AUAGGAUGCUGGAUGCUUUUCUAUCUUGAUACUUUGAAGGGUAGGAGCUGAGCUUCUUCAUUUUUAUACCAUCAAAAAUUUGUCUGAACUUGAACGUCUAUGAUCCAUGGCUCCCAUUACGAAUAACGGCCCUGCGCCGUCAACAGAAACCCUCACCUAUGACUAUCGGAAUUCAAUGCGAGGAUGGGAUAUUGUCACCCAAGUGGUAUGUCUGGUAAUUAGCACGAUUUGCGUGGCACUGCGAAUGUUUUCAAAGGUGUUCAUUGUACGGGAGACGAUAGCGGAAGAUUGGACUUGCUUGUUGGCCUGGCUCGGCCUCAUUGGCUAUGGAGUCAUAUGCUUCGAGGCCGACAAGCAUGGUAGUGGUAUCCAUCAAUGGCUGGUAGCCGAGUCUGACGCCAGAGAUUUCUCCAAGAUCGCAAACAUCGCGCAAAUCGCCUACGGCCCCCUAAUCUUCAUCACCAAACUCUCCCUCCUCCUCCUCUACAUCCGCAUCUUCACAACCGCCGUCAAGAAAACAACAAGAUACAUGAUUAUCCAGCUCCUCAUCUGGUUCAACUUCUUCUUCUACCUAGCCGACACCAUUGUCAAGAUUUUCGAGUGCACGCCGCGGCAUAAGAUCUGGGAGAAAAAUGCGGAGGGGUCAUGUAUCAACAUCAACAUUCCGAUUCUGGUGACCUCGGCUAUCAAUGUGGCGUCGGACUUCAUGAUCCUGUUGCUUCCAAUUGCUUGCGUGUUGAAACUGAAGCUGAUGACUAGGACGAAGAAGCUGGGGGUGUUGGCGAUUUUUGCGGCAGGUUCAUUCGGCUGUUGCGCCAGCGUCGUCAGACUAGUCUUCAGCGUCAAGAACAGUAACACCGCCGACAAGACCCAUGACUGGUUUCCCGAAUUUCUCUGGACAACAGCAGAAGUCACCUGUGGUAUCAUCGCCAGCUGCCUCCCCGCCCUACAAGUCCGCUACCUCUUCCGAAGAGCCGCAACCCAACUCUCCUGCUUCAGCGAAGCAAGCACCAGCAGUUCAAGGAGACACCACCACAACAACAGCCCCAGCCAGUUACAACAGCAGAACAAAAAGUCACCGCGUAGGUGGAUGGAGAUAGAGGACAACGAGGUUCUUAAAUACAGUGCCUGGGAGUUAGAGGGUGAUUACUCAACCCACAACGAUAGCAACGACAACUCGAAUAACGGCAGUAACACCACCACCAAGAGCAAUGCAAAUAUAAGUGACAAAACUAGCUCUAAUAACACAAAUAUAAAUACCAGCAGCAAUAACACCACCGAACUCCGAAGCCCCGCAGAAAGCCAAAGCCAGAUCUUCCAGGGCGCUUCCUACUCAACAGCAGAAGCGAAAGCAGAUGCAACGCCGUUGGCGUCAACUGGAGCAUCGCCUGAUGCGUCAUGCGUGGAUAUUGAGAAGGCAUAUCCGUCGCAGGGGAUUCUGAGGACUAUUGAAGUGGAUGUUGAGUCUGCGCCGGGGGACAGAUGAAGUGAUGGCUGUAUGUUGACAUGUACUGUGUAUGACACUACGGCUGAUGGCUGUUUGAUGAUUAUGAUGAGACGGUAAUCUAAUAUAUAAUCCUGGCGUAUUGGGGUUAUCUGUAUGCCAGAUUAAUUUAUUUACUGGUGCUCUUGAUAUACUCGAGGGCUCCGUUUCUCCGGAU